AUGUGUAAGUUCUGUGACUUCACGUUUGAGGGCGGAACCAAUCGCUGCGCGGUUCACCUUGCGAAAUGGAAAGGGCAGGAGAAACGUGCUGUCCGGCUUUGCAAGAAGGUGUCCCCGGCAAUCAGUGAAGAAGUGCGCGGCAUGUACGAGGAGAAGGUGGAGAAGCAGGGCGUCAAACGAGGGGCGGCCGCUGCAGCAAUUGACUCCGCGCUGGGCGCGAUCACUAGUUCUUCAGAGAAGAAGGGGAAGAUAACGUCCUUCUUCAGCGAUGAGGCGACGAGCGCCAAGGAGGACGCGGAUAACGCCCUCUGCCUUUUGAUCGCGGCGUUAAGACUUCCCGAGCGCAUCGCGGAUGACAUGGUCUUCCGCUACGCGGUCCAGUGCUUUGCGCGCGCUAGACCGGGGUACGUCCCCCCCAACAGGCACUACAUUGGAGGGGCGGGCUUGAAGAAGGUGCGGCAGAAAAUGGAGGAGGCGCUCGCCCCCGUUGCCGCGAGCUGGAAGCGGGACGGGGUCACCGUGUCGUCGGACAUGAUGACUGACCGUUGUGGCCGCCCGCAGGCCAACGUGCUCCUUGUCAACGACUCCGACGCAGUGUUCGAGCAGGCGGUGGACUGCAACAUGGAGUCGAAGACCGGGGGGUACAUCGCCAGCCUUCUCCGCCCCGUCAUUGAUAAGGUGGGGCCGGAGAAUGUGGUGGCGGUCUGCACUGAUGGCGGCAGCAACUAUGCCUCGGCAGCCAAGAAGAUUGCGAGCACAUGGCCGCACAUUGAGCAUGUGCCAUGUGCCACGCAUGUCCUGGACCUGAUGAUGGAAGACGUGGGCAAGAUGGGAUGGGCGAAGGGGCUCGUGGAGAAGGGGGGGAUGAUGAUUAACUUUGUGCGCAACCACCACUUCACCCGUGCUUACAUGAAGAAGGGUGGGGAGAAACAGGUGCUCAAGCCCGCGGGGACCAGGUUCGGGACGCAGUACAUAGCUCUGUCCCGGCUGUGCGAGGUGCGGGGUGGGCUGGCGCAGAUGGUUCUCAGCGACGAGUGGAAUGAGUGGGCAGCGAGGGACAAGGACAGGAAGAUUGCAGCCGAGAAGUUCAGGGCUGCCGUGAUGGAUGAGGAGUGGUGGGGGCUGGCGGUGUUUUUUACUUCUCUCAUGGCAGUGUCGUUCAAGGCCAUGCGGGCCAUAGACUCCUCGGCGAAGGGGAUGAUGGGUAAGAUGUAUGAUAUCAUGCUACAACUCACCGAAGACAUCAAUGACAAGUUGGACGAGGCAGGCGACAUUUUGACAAGGGCGGAAAAGGCAAAUAUCACCAAGAUUCUGAAGGACAGGUGGGACAACUCCCUUGCCUGCCCCAUGCAUGUGGUUGGCUGGAUCCUGAAUCCGGCCAACCAGGUGGAGGGAAUUUUCAUGAACGAUGUGGAGUGCACUCGAGUGUUCAAGGCCUACAUCGAGCGCCACUACGACAACAAAACCUUCAGGCGUGGCAAGGAUGGCACCUCUCGCCGCGCCUCCCUUCUGCUGCAAGAGGCAUUGCUGGCCUACAUCAACAUGAAGGGCAGCUAUGGCACGCCGGCCGCCAUAUCUGCAAGGGAGGCAGUGAAGAAGGGGGAGAUGAGCAUGGUGCAGUGGUGGUCUUGGCACAGCACCGAGUACCCUGAGCUUGCCACCCUCGCAUGCCGGGUGCUCACUCAACCCGUCUCGGCUUCCCCAUGCGAACGUGGCUGGGCACAGUGGGAAGGCGUCCACACCGCCCGCCGCAACCGGCUCGGGUCCGCCAAGUGUGCGGACCUCGUCUACAUUGCGCACGACUGGAACGUUGUACGCAAUUGGUACAACAAGGAUGGGGGCGGCACGGUUGUGCCCGGUAACAUCCCGGAUGCCCCUAUCCCUCGCGGCUACAACAUGGACGAGGAGGAGGAUGACCUGCUGGGGGCGGAAGGAGAGGAUGCAGUUCUGGCGGAUGAGUACGGGGCAGGGGUGGUCAUGAAGCGGGUGAUUGGGGUUUGCAGUGUAGCGGGUGCCGUGAAGUUAUUGGCCAAGAGAAGCGUGAGGGCCUUCUCUGGAGGAAGGGGGAGCGGAGGGACAGGACAGGGAGCACAGAGAGACAGUGUGAGGGGGGCAAGCAUCCCUCAGGGCAUGAAGCGAGUUAAGGUGGAUCGUAGUGUAGCUGGAGCUGUGAAGUUCUGGCCAGAAGGAGCGCGAGGACCUUCUUUGGAGGAGGGGGGAAUUGCGGGAUGA